CCUUUUAGCGGCAUUCUUCUCUCUUCCACGCUCGCUCGCUCGCUCUCAUAAAGCUAGGAGUGGGGAAAGGGUACCCUCUCUCGGAUCUCAGAUCUGGCACGAAGACCUCCCAGAUCUCGUAUUCGGGCUCUACAAUCUGCCGUUGGAGGUCUUUUUGAGCAAGUGUGUAAGUGCUUGUAAUAUUGUCGGUUCAUAGACCGAUGGCGGCAAGGAGAGCAGUAAAUCCCUCUCGACGCUUGGCUGAUAGUGGAAGUGUUCCACUUGUCAGCUCACUACAUCAGAAGUCACGAACGUCUCCUUUACUAUCGAUUGGGCUGGUUCUCGUGGGCGCAUUUCUUCUCAUUGGUUACUCCUAUAGAGGCUCAGGCGGAUUUGUCAGCGACAAGGAAGCUAUAAGCAGGGAUGGAGGCGGUUCCUGUACAUCAGAAGUUCUACAAGCAAUACCUAUUCUAAAGAAAGCAUAUGGAGACAACAUGCGUAAAGUUUUGCAUGUAGGCCCUGACACUUGUAAAGUGGUUUCUAAGUUGUUGAAAGAAGAUAACGUUGAAGCCUGGGGUGUGGAACCUUAUGACUUGGAGGAUGUUGAUACUAGCUGCAAGACCCUUGUGCGCAAAGGUUUUGUCCGUUUAGCUGAUAUCAAGUUUCCUCUACCAUACAGGCCAAAAUCAUUUUCCCUUGUCAUAGUGUCAGAUGCACUGGAUUACUUAUCUCCAAAGUAUCUUAACAAGACCCUUCCAGAUUUGGCAAGGGUAUCCUCAGAUGGUCUUGUUAUAUUUGCUGGCUAUCCAGGUCAGCAGAGAGCUAAGGUUUCUGAGCUGUCAAAAUUUGGAAGGCCGGCCAAAUUACGGAGUUCAUCCUGGUGGAUACGAUAUUUUGUUCAGAUUGGCUUAGAAGAGAAUGAAUCUGUGAUAAAGAAGUUUGAGCCGGCUGCAAGCAAGCGGUCAUACAAAGGAAGCUGCCAGAUUUUCCACCUCAGCUCAUAGUAUUUAUCUUGCCACAAAAUCAGAGCACAAUGGGGCCUCUUUAGAACUCUAUCGUGUAAGACAUUUUCAUUUGCUUCCGGAGGUUUGCUUGCCUAUUCUCAUUUUAUGUUCUAAUUGUAAGAUUCCAGCUAUUAAUUGAUAGAAUUACUAUGAAAAUCCACGAUUAACUUGUUUUCCUGGUGCCUUACUGUAACUAAUGUUUGAAUUCCCUGUGAUGUAGUCGCAAGACUCAUCUCAGUCAUGUUUUGGUCUUGUUUUUAAAGAAAUGCUGUUUUUGGUGCUGGUAA